AUGUCUAUGCCUCUUAAAACUAAGCAAUAAAAAAAAACAUCAUGUUUAUGGUUAGAAUUAGGUCACACAAACAUUUCGAAAUAAUUUAAAAAUACAAGUGAAACAAAUUUACUACCGAUAUGACAAGAUAUUUUAGCUAGUUUAAUGGGCAAUUCGCAAACAAAGAGCACACAGCAGCGGAACAACAAAUCUACGCAUUCAAACCGUGACGGACAAGCCUUCUCAAGUCAGUUUAGCCUGUCCCAUUUCGUUGGUAACCUCAGUGGGCGCUCGCUGGUCAGCGUUACGAGUAACCAGUCCGUGUACAGCGCAUCGCGGCCUUGGUCUCGCGUUUCACGUCGAAGAUGGAAUGACUCAACCUUGACCAAUCCCCUUGAAGCGAGUAAGACAGCCUGGCCGGUGGCACAUAAAGAAUCAAUAUUCCUACCGGAAUUCCCCAUAUCCUCUGACCUGCUACAAAAAGAUUUUGAAAUAAAGGAGACAAUAGCCAAGGGUGCCUUUGGACAAGUGUACAAAGUAAACAAAGUUAGAGAAGACAAAGAUUACGCUUUGAAAGUUCUCAGCAAAUCACAGGUGCUCGGUGAUAAUGCAGUAAGGCAGGUGAAAGAAGAAGCGCGUAUCCAAAGUGCCUGUGGACACCAUUCCUUCAUCGCUGGGGCUGUGUCGCGCUGGCAGACUAAGAAAAGACUGUAUAUUGUUUCAGAAUUCAUUCCGUGCGGGGAGCUGCUAGCUUUGCUGGAUCGAUACAGGGUCUUCCCUGAGGAGCUCGUCAAGAUCUUCGUUGCCGAGAUUGCUGUAGCUAUAGAUUUCCUCCACAACGCCGGCGUAAUUUACCGCGACCUUAAACCAGAGAACAUCCUCCUUGAUAACGACUACCACAUCAAGCUCAUAGACUUCGGGCUCUCCAAGUGGCUGUCCAUAGGCUCCCGGACCACCACCCUCUGUGGCACCUUGCAGUAUAUGGCCCCCGAAAUACUGAGCCGAGAGGCUUACGGCCAUGCAGUGGACUGGUGGUCUUUGGGUGUCGUCGCCUGUCGAAUGCUGACUGGUCAAUUUCCAACGCCUGCGGUUGCGCGCAGAGCAACAAGCCAUACCGGUGCCACUGACGAUGAAAACGACGUCACAAAUCGAGAACAGCCUGCACCGGGCACGUUACCGCCUAACGCAGAACUGUCGAAGCCCGCCCGUGGCCUGCUGGUGCGUCUUCUUGAUCGCGACCCCCGGGUUCGCAUGAAGAGCUUGAGACAGUUGGAGCAGUCGGCAUUCUUCAUGGGGUACAAGUUCGACCAUGUGAAGACUAUGAAGGUGACUCCAAGAUCCAUUCUCGAACGUCAUUUUCCGGACGGACCUCCUGAUUGCACUGAAAAAAGAGAAGACGACAAUCUGCACUUCGAAAACUUUGAAUCGACUUAACUUUCCAGAAAGCUAAUCUGAAAUUCUUAAUCAUUCCAUUAAUUAGCGCUUCGAUACCUCAUUGUGAUUCCAAAUGACGAAUAUUAAUUUUAAAUAAUGCCU